AUGCAAGUGGUGCAUGCCUGUUCACGUCCAGAGCAGACGCAUGGAAUCACAUUUCGAAUUCAAAUCAAUGUGAAACAACUGCCGGAUACAGAUGUACUUUUAAAGCUGUUAUUUCAUUUACCAAUCAAUUAUCCAUCAACUCUGCCAGAUAUUUCUGUUAACUCAGACCAGCUUACAAGGGCCCAAUGUAUGGAUGUGAAAGAUAAAUUACUUGAACAAGCAAAGCAGCAUCUUUCUGAACCUAUGGUACACGAUCUGAUUCUUUGGAUACAGCAGCAUCUUAAAUAUGUCAUUAAGCAACCGGCAACAGUUUGCAAUGAAAACACUACUUUGUCAAAAGGAACAAGAACAGAGGAUGGUAUAUGGAUGCUCCUUUUGCAUUUAGAUCACAUGAGAGCAAGGGCAAAAUACGUCAAAACUGUGGAAAAAUGGACUUCAGAUCUAGGGCUGACUGGAAGACUGAUGUUCAUGGGCAAGAUAAUAUUGAUUCUUCUUCAGGGUGACAGGAGCAACAUUAAGGAGUACUUGAUUCUUCAGAAAACUUCUAAGGUAGAUGUGGACUCAAGCGGAAAGAAAUGCAAAGAGAAAAUCGUUAGUGUACUGUGUGAGACAAAAGUACAGUCACAGCAUAAAAGGUUUCAGAUGUUUGAAGUCAAAGAAUAUUCAACACUGGAUGAGCUACAAAAGGAAUUUGAAACUGCAGGACUUACAACUCUUUUCUCUGAGUUUGUGCCUCCCCUCUUAAAAUAAAGAAAACACUGGACUCUUUGACCAAAGCAGUAGCUGACUGCAGAUGCUGAUGGAAGAUAAAAGGACUAACUUGGCAAACACUGUUAAAGCUUUUCUGCAAAAAAUGCCAGAAGUAGCCAUCCUCUUGCAAGAAGGCGGCAAUUCAUACAUUAAGAAUUGAUAAAGUUUUGACAUGUAUAUAUUGAUAACUUUUUCCAAGGAAUGUGGAGUUAAUUGUAUUAAUUGCUUGAAAGCAUG